GUCUGGUGCUAGGGACGCAUUUCCCCCUCGGCAGGCGCUAGCGCCUGUGCGCACGCGCGCCAUUCUCCCAGGCAGGCGGGGGCGGGGCCGUGUUGCGUCAUCGGCGUGCGCGCUGCGGGCGGCGCUGUGGUUGCCGGAAGUUGAGUGGCGGCAGCCAAGAAUGGCAGCAGCUACGGGUGACCCCGGCCUCUCCAAACUGCAGUUUGCCCCCUUCAGCAGUGCCCUGGACGUGGGCUUCUGGCACGAGCUGACGCAGAAGAAGCUGAAUGAGUAUCGGCUGGAUGAGGCGCCCAAGGACAUUAAGGGUUAUUACUACAAUGGUGAUUCUGCCGGGCUGCCAGCUCGCUUAACGUUGGAGUUCAGUGCUUUUGACAUGAGCGCCCCCACUCCUGCCCGUUGCUGCCCAGCCCUGGGAACCCUGUACAACACCAACACGCUUGAGUCAUUCAAGACUGCAGACAAGAAGCUCCUCCUGGAACAAACAGCAAACAAGAUAUGGGAGUCCAUUAAGUCAGGGGCUGCUCUUGAAGACCCCGUGCUCCUCAACAAGUUCCUCCUCUUGACAUUCGCAGAUCUAAAGAAGUACCACUUCUACUACUGGUUUUGCUAUCCCGCCCUCUGUCUUCCAGAGAGUAUACCUCUCAUUCAGGGGCCAGUGAGUUUGGAUCAGAGGUUUUCACCAAAACAGAUAGAGGCCCUGAAGCGUGCGUAUGAUGAUCUUUGUCAAAGAGAAGGAGUCACGGCCCUGCCUUACUUCUUAAUCAAGUAUGAUGAGAACACGGUGCAAGUCUCCUUGCUUAAACACUACAGUGAUUUCUUCCAAGGUCAAAGGACAAAGAUGACAGUUGGAGUCUAUGAUCCCUGUAACUUAGCACAGUACCCUGGAUGGCCUUUGAGGAAUCUUUUGGUCCUGGCAGCCCACAGAUGGAGUAGCAGUUUCCGGUCUGUUGAAGUCCUCUGCUUCCGGGACCGCACCAUGCAGGGGCUGAGGGACGUCGCCCACAGCAUCAUCUUCGAAGUGAAGCUUCCAGAAAUGGCAUUUAGCCCAGAUUGUCCCAAAGCAGUCGGAUGGGAAAAGAACCAGAAAGGAGGCAUGGGCCCAAGGAUGGUCAACGUCAGCGGGUGCAUGGACCCUAAAAGGCUGGCUGAGUCGUCGGUGGAUCUCAACCUCAAGCUGAUGUGCUGGAGACUGGCCCCUACUCUGGAUUUGGACAAGGUGGUGUCGGCCAAGUGUCUGCUGCUGGGAGCCGGAACCCUGGGCUGCAAUGUGGCCAGGACCCUGAUGGGUUGGGGCGUCAGGCACAUCACGUUUGUGGACAACGCCAAGAUCUCCUACUCCAACCCCGUGAGACAGCCCCUCUAUGAGUUUGAAGACUGCCUCGGGAGCGGGAAGCCCAAGGCCCUCGCCGCAGCGGAUCGGCUCCAGAAGAUAUUCCCCGGAGUGAAUGCCAGAGGGUACAACAUGAGUAUCCCCAUGCCUGGACAUCCAGUGGACUUCUCCAGCGUCACCCUGGAGCAGGCCCGCAGCGACGUGGAGCAGCUGGAGCAGCUCGUCGGGAGCCACGAUGUCGUCUUCCUGCUCAUGGACACCAGGGAGAGCCGGUGGCUGCCUACCGUCAUCGCUGCGAGCAAGAGGAAGCUGGUCAUCAACGCUGCCCUGGGGUUCGACACCUUUGUGGUCAUGAGGCAUGGCCUGAAGAGACCGAAGCAGCAGGGGGCCGGCGACUUGUGUCCCAGUCACCCGGGGGGGCCUGCAGACCUGCUGGGCUCAUCCCUGUUUGCCAACAUCCCUGGGUAUAAGCUCGGCUGCUACUUCUGCAACGAUGUGGUGGCCCCGGGAGACUCUACCCGAGACCGGACCUUGGACCAGCAGUGCACCGUGAGUCGCCCGGGACUGGCCAUGCUUGCCGGAGCGCUGGCGGUGGAGCUGAUGGUUUCCGUUCUGCAGCAUCCGGAAGGGGGCUACGCCAUUGCCAGCAGCAGUGAUGACCGCAUGAAUGAGCCUCCGACCUCCCUUGGGCUUGUGCCUCACCAGAUUCGGGGAUUUCUGUCCCGGUUUGAUAACGUCCUUCCCGUCAGCCUGGCGUUCGACAAAUGCACCGCUUGUUCUUCCAAAGUUCUGGAUCAGUAUGAGCAGGAAGGAUUCGGUUUCCUAGCAAAGGUGUUUAAUUCGUCACAUUCCUUCCUGGAAGACUUGACCGGUCUGACCCUGCUGCACCAGGAGACCCAGGCGGCCGAGGUCUGCUACAUACCUGCUUCCACGGUCAUGGGAGGUGGGAACUGCGGCCUCUCUUUCCUGCCCGUGUGGAGUGUUGCAUGAAGUCCAUGGCUCAGUGCAGAGGUCAGAUGCUUUCCACGGCCUCCUGGACUCCAGCCUCAUGAAGAAGCCCAAGCCAAGAGUGGGCUUUUCCUUGCCCUGGAUGAGACGUCUCUCAGGGCCUCCCAGCCCACUGCUUCUCGUCCUCUCCUGUGCUCACCCUUCGUUCCGUGCACCACUCCUGAGUCGUUCAGGACCCACUGGAAGUGGGCACAGGUGACUGAGGACACCAGAGCAGCGCGUGCAAUGGAAGGAAAGUUCAUCCGCAGCCGCGGGCCAGCUACAAUUUCCACACAUCCUCUGGCUUCUCAUAUUUAACACUGCAGGCCACAUGGGGUCUGUUGCUUGUUUCAGGGCUGGCCAGUUGGUCAGGGGGCAAAGCCACAAAGGAGUGUAGAGUAAGGCAGGUGCUGGGGCACAGUGCAUUAAUCUCCCACCUGCAGGGGCUGGUGCUGUGGCGUAGUAGGCUAAGCCUCUGCCUCUGGCACUAAAUCCUCUAUAGGCGCAGGGUUGUGUCUUGGCUGCUGCUCUUCCAAUCCAGCUUUCUGCUUAUGGCCUGGGAAAGCAGUGGAAGAUGGGGCCGAAGUGUUUGGGCCCCUGUACCCUUGUGGGAGACCCGGAGGAAGCUCCUGGCUUCAGAUCAUCCCUGCUCUGGCUGUUGCUGCCAUUUGGGGAGUGAACCAGUGGAUGAAAGACUCCCUCCCUCCCUCCCUCCCUCUCUCUCUCUCUCUCUGCCUAUCCUCUUUCUGUGCAACUCUUUCAAAUAAAUAAAUCAAUCUUUAAAAAAAAGAAAGAAGCCUGUAAGGAAGGAGUCCUAGGGAGGGACAGGGAGCCAAGGAGAUGCAGGGGCCAGGCCUGCUGUGUGUCACUCAGACAGUCUGCUCCCUCGGGGGAGCUGACCAGAGUCCUCUUCCCAGAGCAGUACUCAGUGGUGACCUAACCACCUUGCACUGCUCCCGCCUCUUAAAGGGCCUCUCACCUGACCACGCCAGGAUCAAGCCUGCGGCCCCAGAAACCUCAGCCGUAUCCAAACCAUUGCACCCCCUUACGUCAAAUCCCAGCUCACUGCUAGCAUCCUCCGGCAGGUGCAGAAUCACCCGAGAAUGCGCUCCAUUACUGUCUAAUGGAAAUAACAAGCAUGUUGGGUUAUAUCAGAAUUAAAUAAAAUAAUGUAAUUAAAGCAUUUGCCAAAGUUCCAGGCGUAUCAUGUGGCAAGCACUUGGUGACUGUCACGCCUGUUAUCAUCAUAUCAUAACAACAACCACGGAACUCAUUGGUCUCCUGUUAAUGUGUUUCAUGGUUCAGUAAGUUUAGUUGUUUUAAUAACUAAUAAAAAUGAUUGUCCAUAAAAGAAAGUAAUUUUUUAUUAGAUGACUCCCUGAAAAGCUAAAUCAUUUUUGUGUAUGUGUGUGUGUUUGAAAGGAUACCUCAGGAAAGUUCUAGAACUAAGUGGCAACUUGGCUCGCUGAAAUGAGCCUGCAGCGCCUCCCUCUCCCCCGGGAUGUUUGGCCGGAAACAGAAAGAAGGGGAGCUCACUGGGAAGUCUCGAGCCGGCUGUAAUGGCCUCAGUGUGGCAGGGAUCAUGCCGGCUCUGUUCACGGCUCUGUUCACAGCUCUGCUCUUGGGAGCAGCGUCCGCAAGCUUGGUGCGUUCUCUGCGUCGUCUUCGCAGAGGGCAGUCACAUUUAGCUCUGAUUAUGUUUGGGGCAUCUGGAUUCUAGUCAGCAUGUUGGCUCCGUUGUAGACCCUAAAGUCUGCGGCUUACUCCUAAUGUGGAAAAUGGAAUAAUCCCCCAGGCGCAGGCAGCUGAACUCCAACACGCGGCUGCGUUACCCUAGUGAGAAGCUGCCACAGACAUCACAAGACUUGUUAUACAAGGAAACAUGAUUACAGUGGAUUAGAGGAGCUUGCCAGGGGCAUGAAGGAUUUAUUACUUUUUGAAUUCUGGAUGAGACAUAAAUAUGUUUUUCCCCUUUUAAUUUUGGACCCCAUACGGCAAAGGUGAGAAAAUUCCUCCGCAGAUUCGAGAACGCUUAGUUGCCGAAGAUCGGUUGGGUUUUGUGUCCAAGUCACACUGCAAAGGGCAUGAAUACUUGCCUGGCAGAGACACAAAACAGUCACUCACUUCUGUCGCCGCUGCCAAGUUAGUUACUGCCUCGUCUCCCAGUGGGAGAGAAAUGUAGCUCCUUGGGGAGUCUUUUGGAAGGCAGCGUGGUGUAAUGGAAAAAGCAGCGCACUCAGGCAUGUGGCCCGGAUCGCGGCUCCUGCGAUUUGCGGCAGGCCGCUUAGCCUCGCUGAGCCGAGACACCGGGACGGGGUCCCCGUCUCAGAGGGUCGUGUGGGGGGCUGAAGCGUGCUAAAUGUCGUGUUUGCGGGGUGCGUCUGCGUCAGACUCACAGAUCUGAGUUCAGGGACGUCAGUUUUGCGGAUGUUCUCAAAGGAGGAGCUUUUGAAGUCAUUGUGAGCGCUCAGGGUAUUUUCACAGGUGGUUUGUUUUCCCUGGCAGCUGAGACAGCACAGGGUGGGGGUGGGCUUAGCUGUGGCUUCAGACCUGAGCGGAAAUGGACCCCCUACCACUGUGAAGCCUGCAGCAACACACCUCGCCUGCUGGCCUCAGUUUAUUCAUCCUCAAAACGGACGGGAAAGAGAACCUCAACCCGGCUGUACCCACCUCCUCCCGUUUUGUUUUCUGUGUGGCACCUUCUGCGAUUUGAGAUUACGUGUUUGUGUUUUUGUGUGCUUGUCUGUCCCCCACCCCAGCCCCUUCUCAGACGUAACCUCCAGGAGGACAGAGUCUCCCGAAGGCAGUGACCGGCACGCUGUUGUUGUUUAUGCCUUUGACCUUCGACAUCUUAAGUGCUGACUUAAUACAGACUUAGGAAAAAAAAAAAAAACUCCCCGAGCGUCGUGGCUGUAUUUAUGUACAGUAGCUGAGCUAGAACCUGGGCGUUUGGAAAUACCCGCGUUUUUACAGUUGAGCUUCUGUUUCCCAAAGGUGCUUACUCAGCCUUGGAUGGCACAGUGCGACGUGUGACAUCAGAAGUCUGACUCAGGCGUUCAGCUGGGAAAGAUCUUGACUUUGAGCCCGGCUCGCCCUUUGAGGUACGGCUGGACAGAGCUCAAGAAGGUCUUGGGUUUCAAUUUAUCUAGGAAGGUAUUUAGCAAAUUAUUUUUAACCAUUUGGAUGUGGUACAGAUCACCCGAGGAAUCUGCAGCCUGUGCGUAAGUGGAGGCCGAGAGCAGAGCCGAGUGGCAGAACACGGACCUGCUCCAGCCUUCCCCAGGGCCUGCGUCCUCCCGGCCUGCCCGCCCGGCCAGCCCUGGGCCCCGGCGUCUCCUGGCCGACGUCUCUUACCUAGCCCCUUGGACAUCACUCUGAUUCCUGGGGUUUCCUCUCCACGUGAAGUUAGGCGCUGGGCACUCGGGACCAGUGCUGGGCUUUGAGGGUCUCGUUCCAUAGCUUCCCUGCAGUGUGGUGGCACUCACAACACUGAGCUGUGACACAGAGAACAUGAGGAGUGCUUGGCUGUCCUCCCUCAUCCUCUCAAGGGGCUUUGGGGACUUGAGGGAGGGGUUCCUGUACACCCAGGGACUGCUUGCGGAAGACUGCACAGCCUUGUGUCAUGGGCAGCUCGGGAAGGCUCAGUUUUCUUCACGCUCUCGACAGAUAGCAUCUCUGGUUUAAAAUAGGCUUGGAACCAUUACCAAGUGGACGUAAUAGACACUGCACGCUUGCCCUGCUGGCCCUCCAGGCCCUGUGUGCGUGGGUUGGCCACAGAAAUGCUGAAGCAGUGUGCAGCUGCCCAGUCUUGUUGGGUUUCUGUGUUGUGGCUCUCCCAGCUCUGCUCGAGUUUGCUCAUUAGCACAGACAAUUAGCCAGGCCUGCGUAGCCAGGUCCUGACUUGUCAGCAGCAGACGGCCUGGUCCAAGCGGGCACUUGGAAGCUCCACAGAGACAUCCAGAACCACCCCGCCGGUCAUCUGCCUUUUCAAUGUGCUGGCACUCCAGGGGCAGGGGUCUACCCUCGGCCUUCGCAGCUCGGGCCGCACUUCACACGGGGGAGCAGCCCGGUCACUGCAGGGUUGUAGAGACCGUGUGUCCGUGUGCCUUACCUCCCCAGGGAAGUGCCAGAAUGAGACGGACUGCAGGACCUGGAAGAAGCCACAGCUGGGUGUGGGUGUGGCCCUGUUUCUAGGCGGUGCACGUGGUCUCACGCGAGCACGCAUGUGGUGGCUUCUUGCCGACGUUGGCCAUGAAUUGGUCGUGCUGAAUCCUGUCCCUGUCCCGAUGUGGUGCGUGUCAGCAUUCCCAUUCUGCAGAUGGAGAAGCUGAGGCCCCAUGGAGUUGGUCAGUGAUCAGGUGUGAAGACGUGUAUGGUGGCGUUACGUGGGGAGCCGAGGGGACCUUCCCACAAGGUCACUGGGACGCAGAGUCUGGCACAGUGCUGUAUUGCCCUUGUUCACUCUUUCUCCGUCACGGGGCAGGCAGUCCCGUCCUUGACCAGGAUUCUUCCCCGAUCAGCUGCACGACAUUCGUGUCCGGCACCUUCCCCACUCAGACAGGGCUUUUCUCCGUCCCACUGCCACCACUUCCCACGCCUGGAGCAGGCCACAGCGGGUCUGACCUCAGCUGUGUCCCCUGCAGCUUGGCCUCCCUGGGGUCCACAGGUCUGAGUCUGUCCCUCAGGGACUUCCAAAGGCUCGUUGACCUCACCUGUUUCUGCGGCAGCCACAGACACCUUUUGCCGCCUGCCUCAGCUUGCGUCUCGCGCUGGUCCUCACCACACUGGCCAAGUCCUGCCUGCUGCCCGCCCCUCACACCUGCUCUCCCUGCUGGGCACUUGACCUCUCAGCCUUCAGGACUUGGUCCCUCCUGAAGCCCUGCCGCCUCCUCAUCGUGAGCACCUGGAGAAGAAGUUGCCUGCUGUUGUUACAUGUCCUUGCACCUGGCAGGACACCUGGACGUGUGGACAGUGCUUGAACGAUCAGGGCUGCUGUGGGGAGAUGAAGCAGCAGACCCGGGCGCAGCGUGCAUAUUCAGCAGCUGUGGGUGUGCCCCAGUGUCUUACCUAGCCCAGCUCUGUCUCUUCAGAACGGGGAAUUCUGGCAGGUGCUUCGCCAGCUGCCUUCUCGGAUAAUGCCUUUAGGGUUAGAUUCAGCAAGAUGUUUGAGUGAACUCCUUGGGCUGGAAGUGGGACACCAGUCCCAACAGAGGUAAACAAACGUGGGAGUGUGUUUGCUCGAGGACCUGAACGGCUCUCGGCCGGAUCGCUCGUUGGGUUGUUAGAACGCGUUAGCUGUGCUGUCUCCUUCUCCUAGCUGGCUCUUUGCUGAAUUGCAUCUCUCUCAAGCAGACUCUUGGCUCGGGAGAGCAGGACAGUAGCUGGUGGCCCCAGGCUCAUGUCCCCAGGCUCAGCGGCUACCAUGGAGAGAGCCUUGUUCCCAGUGGCACUUGUUGGCACUGCUUCACUGGUCCACUGGGGACCCAGCCGCUGUGUUGGGUUCAGGGGCCCUGCAGCGCUCACUCCCGGCCCGAUCUGGAGCACGUUCCCAUUUCAAGUGGGAAUGGGGUGCUAGAGCCCCUUCCAAGUCAUAUAACCUGAGAGCGAGGGAGAGAUUGUAGAAAAAUUGGGGAAGUGGGGUGGUUAUCACAGGCCCUGGCCAGCAGAGCGAUACCCGUGCACUGGGUUGCCUCCCUCCCCUUGUUGCCGCUGCCUCUCCUGCUCCCCAGAGCUAAAUGGUGUGGUGGGUCCGGGCAGGUGGCUGGGCUCUCCCUCUGCACCCCUGCCGCACUCCCGUGUUGGUGUGGGAGCCCCAGGUCCAGAUGCGGCUGUUCUCACACAAGUUUUCGGCGAGGAUGCAUGUUUCUGAUGACAUCAGUGAGUACUUAAGUUCCCGGUAGUUUUCAAGCUUAAGUCCUGUCCUGAGUUCUCUGACACUGUGUAAAUUUAAAGCAAAUACCAUUCGCAGCGACACGCCUUCCCUCAGCUUGGCCCGUGUGGUCGACCUUGGGUUCCCAAGGUUCGGCAGUCGCUUUGUGACAUUCGGCCCCAGCUCCCACCUGUUGCUCUGACCGAGCCAUAAAACACGGUGCCGCUGCCCCUGUUUGGGGAGCAGUCAUGAACACCGUGGCACGCUUGCCCUUGUUUCUUUCCUUGCAGUCCACAGUUGGGUUUUUCAUGCGGCUGUUGGCACACUUGCUUCCCAGUGUGCACUGAGUGUCUGUUUCCUGAAAAGGGCACGGAAGGGCCUUCCCUUUAAACUGGCCCAUUUAUUUCUCAUCCCUUUGUAGCGAGGCUGUCAUUGUCACCACUUGAAAGACGCGCAGAUGAAGGCUAAGAGGGGAGAUGAAAUUUAACAAAGGUCUCAGGAUAGAUGGAGAACCUGGGAUUUACUUCCCGGCGUGCUGGGCUAAAGCUUGAAGAUUCUGAAGCGUAGGAGCUGGACUUUGUGACCUAAGUCCCGGGGAUGAGACUGACACGUGUCACAAGACAAAGGUAUUGCCGGUGGCUGUGGGCGAUGUUAUGUAGUUUAUUGUGCUGUUACAGUUCAGAGAACGGUGAAUUCUGCCUCCAGGUUCUACUCUGCAUCCAUGUGAACCUGCCUGGAAAUAGGACAGUACUUCAGAAAGUUCACUGAAAAAUAGAGCUAAAAAGAUAACACACCGUUUCUGCAUAUGUGUAUGUGCACACACACACACACACAAAUCAGGACUUUUUUCUAUAUUUUAUUAUUUGAAAGCCAGAGCAUCGGAGAAAGAGAAUGAGAUAGAGAGACAGAUCUUCCAUGCACUGGUUCAGUCCCCAAAUGGUUACAACUGUCGGGGCUGGGCCCAGCUGAACCCAGGAGCCUGGAACUUAAUCUGGGCUCCCACGUGGGGACCAGGGGUGCAAGCACGUGAGCCGCCAUCUGCUGUCUUCCCAGGCGCGUUAGCAGGAAGCUGAACGAGAAGCAGAGCUGCUGCGACUCCAACCAGCGCUACAGUAUGGGACACAGGCGGCGGCGUAACCUGCUGCGCAAUGCACACCUCAGGAACUUACUCUAGAGGUCACCCUGCACGGAUGCACUGUCUGCCCCUUCACUGCUUUUGGUUUUUCCUUUGAAUUUAGCGUCUGUGUGACCUCAGACUUGGUUUGAACCCAAAACAUGUGAGAGCCCUAGAUAUGUUUGCAUGGUUUUGUUAGGUUUUAGGAUUUUAGGAUUCAAAGAAGGAGCAGAGGCAGCUAGUUAGAGAAGACUUUUAGGGGGUACAGGAUGUGGGGACAAAGAGUCGGGGUUGAGCCUGCCCGACAGAGAGCAGAGGGUGUGAAACCUGGCUUCAUUCUGUGUGAGCAGCUGGCGGAGUCCCUUCCUAAGCUGCUUGCUGGGGGAAGUGCAGAGCGCCCCAUGGACCCUGAUACAGUGCGGGGGGUGUUGCACACUCUGACAGUACACUGAGCAGUUUGGAACGUCCGCAGGUGCAGGGCUGUGUGGAAAAAUCAACAUCCCACUAGCCUUUAGAUUAACCAUCGUGCCGUUUCAUCAAGCCUGGGGGCUCAGGCCCAGUGUUCUCCCAGGUUCAGCCCUCAAGUCCCUCUAAGCACAGGUCCCAGUCAGGAACUGACUGCUGUCAUCUGAUUUGGCAGGACAGUGGCUGGAGGAAAUGUUCAUCAGGACAGAGGCCACUUGGCUGAAUUCAGGUCAGCAGAGGCUUCAGUGAGUGUGCAGUGGGCCUGGUGGCAGUGGUGCAGCUGGGAUGUGGGUGCUGGGGGUCCAGCGGAGUGUCCAGUAUCUGUGAUGUGCCCUCUCUCCAGGUGUGGGGGUACAGCGGUCAGGGCAGACCAGCCAAGGUCUCUGCUUUCACGAGGCUGACACUGUCGCUGUUUUGGCUAGAGAGGACCUCAGUGAGGACUUAGAGGGGGUUGCUGGGGUAGCAUGAACUGGGGUGGCAGAGGUGGACAGUUAAGGCAAACUAAAGGUCCAUGAGGGUGUCCCUGAGAAUGAGGCAGGUGGAAUAGCCUAGGGACGGUGAGAUUUCCCCAAAAGACCUCAGAGGAGAGCAGGCUCGGCCAGUUCAAGGAACAAGAUAGGGUCAUAGCCUGCGUGGCAGCAGCAUUGCGAGGUAGGGAGAGUGGUAGGAGAGGAGGUCGGAGAGAGGCAGCAGGAGGGGCAGGCUCUCCUGAGCCAUGGGCUUGCAUUGCCUUCGGAGCAGGAGGAGGGUGUGCCGUGGGCAGUGGAUUGGGGUGUGGACAGGUGGAACCAAGGGCAUCUGGGGUGAGUGGUGAGCCAGGUCAGUUACGUUGUUACUGAUCUUAUCAUGUGCCCGGCCGGUGAUGGCACCCGUCCACCAAGGACUCACUGUACACAUUUCCCUCAUCAUGGAACCCCUGCAGCUGGGCUUCUCGUUAGCGACCCCUCCCCAGGGUGGCAGUGCCCAGGCCCUAAGCCCUCAGCAGUGAGGAGAGGACACACAGCUGCUUGUGUGGUAGGUGGAGUAGGGGCCGGCCAGGCACGCCAAGGAGGGCUCUGGAGUUUGACAGCGACUUGGGGCGUGGAGGGGAGGAUGUGUAUUAGGAGCGUGCACCCACGGGCAUCCUUCCUGUGUGAGUACCACUGGGGUGAAGGCUACAGAGGACUCGGGGAGCAAACCCCAGCAGGGCACAGGCGAGGAGGUCAGCUGCACCUCCCACCCAGCUCCCUGAAGGAGAGGCUUAAUGCUCUUAACCUAGAACGUCAGAAAGACAUCUUGUGGUCAGAAUCGAAUUCCUGCAUUUUCUCCUAGGGUGGUUUUAAGCCAAGCUGGCCUGGGAUCAUCUGUCGCCAUCUGUGUCCUCUAGCCCAGGUGGUCGGGUGACACUUUUUCCUAACCUGUUAGUCUGUGUCUAUCUCUCUAUUCAUGUUCCACUCCCAGGACCUGGGUAUCUGGGGUGUCUCAACAGCACCAGAGUGGUUUAUUUUGUCCUGAACGUUUGCCUUGGGGCAAGGGGCAAAUGUGGACGCCCCACCUGCCCCCAUGCAGUUUUGUUCUCCACCCAUAUCCACACACACACACGAAGGAUCCUCUGUUUUGCUUCAAACAUUUAUUUAUUUAUUUAAAAGAAUAACAGAGAGAGAGAGAGAGAGAUCUUCCAUCCACUGGUUCACUCCCCAAAUGGCUGCAAUAACCGGGGCUGGGCAGGGCUGAAGCCAGGAGCCCGACCUCCAUCUUAGUUUUCCACGUGGGUGCAGGGGCCCAAGCACUUGGGUCAUCUUCUGCUGCCUUGCCAGGUGCAUGUGCGAGAAGCGAGAUUGGAAGCAGAGACACGGAGACUGGAACCCGCGCUCCGCUGUGGGAUGGCAGCGUCACUCACGGCAGCUUAACCCCUUGCACCACUCCCAUAGCUCAGCGCACAGAACUCAGACCGCAGCGCGGGGGUCAGGGCCUGCGCCUCGGCACCCUGGGGCGCCCACCUCGGUGCUCACCUCCGGGGACACUUGGUUCUUCUGCUGUCCCUCCCACUCCGUCCCUGAGGAGGCUUGCUGUGUGGCCAGUAGUUUUCUCCCAGCAUUCACUGGGGCAGGAGCUGGAGGCUGCGGUGUUGAGCAGGGGCCAGGCCGCAGAUCAGUUCACAGAAAAUGGCUGCAGUUCCAGGAAUCGCCGUCUUCGUGUGUUAGCCAAACACCCCGUCCGGCGGCGGCGGCCAGAGCCGCCCGUUAUUGGAGUUUUCUGUGGCGAGUUUGUUGUUUUUCCGUUUUCCCCUUCGAGGAGAACUACUGUUUCCUGAGCUGAGAUCUACCAGCCUGUCCUGGUCGGCCGUGUCUGGAUCUGAGUCCCUUCCCGGGCUCCGUGCCCCAGCCUGCAGGGCGUGUUGGGGGGAGGGGGUGACUGCCGGCGCAGGUGGGAGCAAUGGAGAACUGUUGGUUUGAGAAAUCAAAUAAAACCGGUUCCUACUUACUUGAUUUUAUUUUAGCCGAGUAUUCUUGUCCAGAAAUGAAAAUCAGAUGUUUGUCUCUUUUUUUUGUACAUUUUUUUCCCAAAGCAAAUGGUUACAAACAGUUACUUAAUAUAAUUUACUGAAGCUUUUUCCUGAAAGAACAUUUAUGUUACUUUCUUUUAUGCGUGCAGUAACUUUUGAUCAAAACAGGACUCCGCUCCAUCGUUUAAUGUUGAGCGUCUGGAUUAAAGGCUUCUUUUAAUCUUAAAUACAGAUUAGGACUCUCUCUCCCUUUAAGCAAACCGCCAUAAACCCUGGCGCCCUUCCAGGCCUCUCCAUCGCGGCUCUCUGCUGCAGCCAUUAAAUGAUUGUUAGGCACAAUGGGCACUUGAUUGUAAUUAUUGAACUGGCAAUCAGUUAUGGCAGCAGUUGGGUGGUGUAAUUAAAAGGGAACGUGUUUGUACCUGCCAGCGUCUUUGAGAUCCUGGGCUCUGGCUGAAGGGGGGGAGAGGCGGCACGUAAACACAUGGCAGGAGGAAGCAAGCGCGUCCCUCAGGGGGAGCUUUUCGUCUCUCCCCUCCUGCCUCGUUCUUGGCCUCUUUUGUUCCAUGCGGUAGAUGAACGAUGGUGAUAAUAUGAGGGUAAGAAUUUGGGGCUACACACCGUGGAAUGAAUAGAUGCAUUCAGCAAGGAUUGUCAGGUUUCUCCAUGUGCUGAGAAAUGCUAAAUGGACAGAAGUGUAUUUAUAUAAUUCUUAAAAAAAACACACAAGCAUGAGAGUGUUUCCCCUUCUCAUGUAUAAAGUUCCCCGUGUAUUCCCUGACGUAUGAAUGGGUAUGAAAUGCCACUGAUAGAAGUAGGUGUGAGAGCUCAGCGCUCUGGUUUGUGCACAGAUCAGUGAGGAAGGCAGCAGCGACCGGCGCGAUGCCCCGUGAAGGUGGCCCUGCCUCUCAGCGAUCUCGGCUGUGACGCGUUUUACGCAGCCUAAGCAGAGAAGCCAGAGUCUUGCUCACGGAGCGGGAAUGUCAGCAGCAGUGCACAUAGGACUAAAGGAGGAGCUGUGGGAACGUGGGCUUAGGGCUGGGAACUGGGAUCCAGUGCCUCCCAGGCUGCCUUUGUCUGUGAGCCUGUGUCAGGUCCAGUCUGAGAUGAGGCCGGCAGGCUUGUCCCUGUGUAGGAAGCAUGGCCGUCAGCAGCGACGUUCUGCUGGCUGAGCAGCAGUGGGAAUAGCGCCUGUCCUUGUACCUUGUGUUUAUCUGUCUCCCAUUGGUCCUACCUGGGUUAUAAAGCCCUGGACUUAGUCCUGUUGUCACAGAAAUGGCACCAUGUUAUUGGCCAAGCCUAGAUCACAUGUCAAACCUGUGGGCCGGACAAGGAAGAUGGAGGUCUGGGAUCAUCACUCCUGUUAGAGACAUGAAUAUGUACACAUUGGUGGUACCCCAGUGACUCAGGAAUAGCCGAUGAUAGCUUUUAAGAAUGAAUAUGAAAACCUAAAGUACAACUUAAAAAAAAAAUUCCCUGCAUGUUUCCCCAAAGCAGCUCUCUGUCUUUUAGAAGUGUCCCACCUUGUACGACAAAGGCGUAAAAGUGCCCACCUGGGUUUCGGAUGAUGGCCUGCUCUCAGCCAGAGUCACGCUCGAGUCCCCAGCUCCCCUCCACCCUGUGGACGAAGAGCAGGCUCCUGAAGAUGAGGCACGACACAGGCCUCAGACGGCUGCCACGUGGCUGUCUCGUCAGGGAGGGGCGCUGCCCCUGGGGGUGCGGGGAGCACAGCUUUCAGCCACUCUGGGCAUACCGAGCCACUCAAAAUCGUUCGAGUUGACAAAGUCAGUUCCUCUCUUGCUUUGGUUCCGUGUUUGAGUCUGAGUGCCAAGACCAGACAGUCUAUAAGACAUCAGACUUUUAUCAUAAAAAUCCUUAGAAGGAAAGCAUAUUAAAAGUGUAAGAAGAAAAUGCCCCUCCCCCAAACAUGGUGCAGUCUCACAGAGCAGUUAUGAAUCAGGCCGUUUGUUGAGCAAACAAGGAAGACAUUUGCAGUGUGCAAGCUCAGGCUUGAAUAAAAAUAAUUCUCAAUCCACUCUUACCCCUGUUAAUGCACAUGUAGUAUUUGAUGAGCGUGAGGAAGUCUUCAUACAACUCAGGAACAAUGCAAAUGACGAACAAAGGACUGUGCAUGGAUUGCAAACUGCCCUUCACACCAAGAUAAACCCACCUUUUAAUUCCGCUUGUGCACAACUCUUUGAAGUGCGCCAGUUUGUGUGUCCAGCUGAACUCUUUAAGCUCUGGGUGACGUGAAUGAGUAAGAGGAUGCUAUUACGUGAGCACAGAGCACUGCUGAAAGAGGUGCGUGGCGCUCACACACGUUCUCUCUCAUUCUCUCUGUCUCGCUCGCUCGCUCUCGCUCUCUCAUCUAGUUUGUGGAUGUUGGCUGCAGCUCGAGGAGUUUCUUGGGAAUCUGAUCUUCUCAAUGGCAAGCUGCAGUGCUGCUGCUGCCAGUAGUUGAGUUCAUGUGGACUUGACGCCAGCUUUCUUUUCACGUAUGUGAAUAACAGUUUGGCACACAGCGAGCACAACAGUGACUCCACAGAGAGAGGAGACUGGGGCUUUUCAAAUAGGGAAAUGGGCAUUUUUUUGUAAGGUGAACUGAGCUUAAAUUGAAUUAAAUGUUGCGAGAGAUUACCGUAUUUGUGUGCAUCUCAAGGAAGCAAAGGCCAUGGCAAUAAAGUAUUUUCAUUUUAUGGAGUUUUUCUUGGAACGGCUGCACACCAUAUGACAGCAGAGGGCUUAAAACUCAGAGCCUGGUGCCAGCACAAAAUCCAAACAUCAUAAAGUUCCUUCCAAAGCCCAGAUGCUUAUCGGUCUCCUCUCUCGAUGGAGAGAGUCUGUCAACUCGCCGGAGUCCACCAGCUCAGAAUCCCCUUCCCGGCCUCGGGUUCGAGUAUGCAGCCUAGAGUAGGGCAGACUCUCCAAAGAGGAGAGCCAAGCUGCAGCACCACCACUGUCAGACAUUGGAGUGAAAGGGAGUCCAGGGCAUGGCCCCGUUGCUGUGGUGCCCGUGGUUCUGUGGUCAACCAGGUGCCCACAUCUCGCCCGCUCCACGUUCCGCCAGAAGAGAACGUGCUGACGGGAAGGUGCCGUUUGCCCAGGCUUCCCAGGCUCCUGCAGUGCUCUGGGCUCCGUUAAAAAUCUUCCUAAUCCAUAGCCUCUUGUUCCCCAACUUCUCGUAAAGGGUGUCAGGGAGCCUGGGCCCCCUCUCCGUCCUGGAUGUGUGCAUACGCCUUGGACAGCUGUGCUCACCAGCACUUGACUCCCAGACUGCUCAGUGAGCUUCCGGAGGCAUUCCUGGGAGAGGGAGGGCCAUCUCUGAGUGACAGCCCAGCACGCAGCGGGCUGGGCCUCCUCCUCCUCCCCGCUCCCAGCACCUGCUGCGGCAUCUGGUAGAGUGCGAGGUGGCCGGCACACCAGUGCUCAGCGCUGGCGCCGAGAGUGUAAGCGUCCUAGGGGACCCUUCAUUCUCCUGCAGUGACUGCCACUAGCGUGUAGUUCUGUGACAAACACCCCCUUCACCUGUCGUAUCCAUGUAGUAAUUGAUAGUCUUGUCUGACUAUAAAUUCUAGUUUUCCUCCCCACACACCUCUUUAGCGUGUGCGCUGUGCACAGUGUUGGACACAGCUGCUCCUGAGGACAGUGUGCUCUGUGGGCAGCUGACCCGCUGCUGCCCCCCAGAGCACACAUGAGCAGCGGCUGGAAUUGGGAGUGGAGCCAGGACUCAGACCCAGGCACUGUGCUGUGAGAUGCGGUCCCCACCGGAUCUCAGCCCCCAUGCCAAAUGCCCACCGCUGCACUGUGCUUCACUGAUGGCUAAUUGUGCGCUUGCUGUAGCUCACAAGUUCUGCCUGUGUUCCCUGGCGGAGUGUGAGUGUACGUGACCUACCGCCAGGACCUGGGCUCGUCCUUUCUUAGAGUCCAUCUAGCAGACGUUGAGGUCGUCAUUCUAGCGAUUUCUCCGAUUAUCAGGAGUAGCAGAAGAUCCUGUUCCAGUUAGAAAGGGUUGUCCUUUGCAACAGACGUGACCACAGAAUCUUCACUCCUGAACUGUGUUCCCCUCCCCUGAGUAGGGCCCCAGCCCUCACACCAGUGCCCUGGUGCCAACAAUGACGUGUGCUCUGUUGAGCUUGGGGCGCGGGGCUCCAGCUCCUAUCUUGAGGUGUGCGAGCAGGCCCCAGGCUCCACUCCAUGCCCUGCCCAUGCUGGGGUGCGACCGUGGGCCAGUCUUCAUGUUGUGGGCUGUGGUGGCCCUGUCGAAAGAGUGGAGUGCCAUCUGCCCUGGGCCUCAGUGACAGAGGAGAGGAGUGCAAAUGACCACCUGAAACGGCCUCUUCUGGGCUGGGGGCUGAGGGCCGGGAGCCCCCCUGCUGAUGCACAGGCCCCCCUUCCCGUCUCCCCGCCCUAUGCUCUGUGACUGCUGUGGACUGGCAAGCUCACGAGAGGCGUCCAUUGAUGCUGUGUGCAAGGAGGAAGGGCCCGCCUCGGAGCCCUUGGCCUGAUGCCCGCAGCAGCUGUGGGAACACAGUGGUGCUCAUUGUGGCACGCGGCUCGGGGUCUCCCAGCUCAGAUGCUCCGCCGCCUCCAGCUCAGAGUCUCUUCCUCCGGGUUUCUUUGACCUCUGGCCCCUCAGUCUAAAGCCCCUUUUCCCCAGCAGAACGGGAGAGGAGCCCACCCAGGCCCGAGGCCCCGCCGGCCUUCCCCGGCACCUGAUGGUGGUUGCGUCCAGGGCCCUCACCCUUCCUUCCCAGUCGCUCCGCCCUGGCCCUCCUGGCUCUCGGCCUGAGUCUGGCCUGGCACAGGGCCUCACCAGGAGCCGGGACCCAGCUUACUGGGAGACUAGAGGAUCUUGACUGUGGCAGAACUUGGCAGCCUCCCCUACUGACCAGCAUCGUCUUCGGCCUGAGACCCAGCAGGAACAAAGCUGAGCACGCUUUCCCGGGCUUCACUGAGAGUCGCAGGGGAAGCCAGCGCCAGGCUUCCCUCUCUAGCAUUUUCCUUGUUAUUUGUGGACCUUUUUGUUGAAUGCUGCAUUGUUGAUGUACAGUUAAGCACAAAAACCUUGUCUGUGCACCGAGCAAGAUCUACAGCAUUUCCCAAGGCCCUGCACCUCCCUGACUCCUCCCCGGCAUUGCCACCGGAGAGCACUCCGCUUGUGACCUCUGUCCCCUCCAUCACUUUGCAUUCCAAGCCUCUUCUCCCCAUACCCAGCCCUCGGCCCCACCUCUCCUGUGUUUGGAACGCGAAGUUCAUUCUGGCCCCAGCCCAUCGUGACAAAAAGAAAGCAUGUGAUGGAGUGGUGCCUGCCGGCUCCUGUCUCCCUGCCAGAGCUCUCCUCUGCCCUCUGCCUCAUCUCCACCCACCAAACCAGAUUGUGCGGGGCAAGGUCAGCCAUGCUGCACCCCAGAACCCGGAGGCAAAGAGAAGCGGGCGCCAGGGGACCCCCGUCCCAUCUUCCAGGUGCCCAGGCCUCGCAGUGUGGGGUCUUCUGGGCUGAGCCAGGCUGGUCCCUGGAUCCUCAGACAUCGCCCUGAGCAAGCACCCAGCGUGAAGGGAUCUUGCUUUCCUUUUCCUGUCGCCGUCCUCAGAUUUUCUCUGCCCUGAGUGCCUUUGGAUUUCCUCGGGCGGGGUUAGGCCCCCUCCCACCGUGCCCCUGCGUGUGAGCUGAGUGGGCAGCAGCGAGCAUGGCGAGGAGAAGGUCGUUGUCCCGGGGCGCACAGAAGCCCCUGCUCUGGCCAGGCUGCCAUGUGCAAAUCCUUGUAUUUAGAAGUGGAGCUUAAUCUGUUUAUCCAGCAGCAAAGAUAUCUGCAAGAAGCUGUUACUGUGUGGACACUGGAGCCAGACGGGAAAUCGGAGGACUUGCAGAUGUCAUCUGCUCUCACGCAGCCGAUCAGGACGGACCCUGCACUGGGGUUCACGCCGCGUUCCUGGGCUCCGGGGGGCAGAGAGGAGGGUGCUGAGAGGGCACGUGAGCCAGCAAGAAGGAAUUGGGACAGAGUCGGUCAUUACCACAAGUGUGUGAUUACAGCGUUCUCUGACGGUAGGUGGAUGCGCUGUAACUGAGCCGCUGUGAGGAAGUGUUGGUUCCAUGCACAGAGCCCGUCGGACCAGCCGCAGGCAGAGGUGAUGAGCCGGUGGGAGGGCUUCCGGAACACCCCUGAUUUGGAUUGGGACAAUAGGGGCACGUCCAGCAAAUUCACGAAUGGCGCUAAGCUGGGACAAAUUAAACGAGGAUGUAAGGAGAUGAGGACAGACAGAAGGCGCAGCGCAGUAGGCGCAAGUGCUCGGAUCUUGGAGCUUCCUGUGAGGCCAGGACGCGGAAGCAGCCCUAGAGGAAGAGGCUGUCCACUGCGGCAAGCACGGCCCGAGUGAGGCCGUGGCCUGGAGGGGCAUCGCGGACGGCUGCUGCACUGUUGAGUUGCGUUUCCAGAAGCUUCCCGAGCCCAGGCCCCGUGUCGUCUCCACCUUAGCGUUCCUUGCCUGUGAACACUGAGCAGCUCCAAGGACCGAGGAGGGGAACCGUGUGCAGAGGAACGUCUCAAGAAUAUGAGCAGUCAGGCGGAAGCAGAGGCGACCAAAGUGAAGCUUGAAUUCCAUCCUCAGAUGGGGGCGGGCGGGGGCUGUCCCACGUGAGAGCGAGGGUGAGGACGAAGUUGCAGGGAACAGCCGGCCUUCGGUCCUGUUGGGCCAGGUCCUCGCCUGGCGCUGGGAGCCCUUGAGGCCCUGUGGAGGACACACUCAGGGAGACUGUGUCGCCCGCAGGGUGGGCGUCUUUGUCUGAGAUACUGGGGGCGAGAAGCGUCUCAGAUGUCUGAGCUUUUCAGGUUUUGGAACGUCUGCAUGGAUUUUACCAUUUGAUCAUCCCCAGUGAAUAAAAUCAAAUAAUAUAAUCGGGUUACAAUUUGAGUAUCAUUGCUCGAAGUUACAGUUCUUGCAGUGUUUUAGACUUUGGGUUUUGGGGUUAGGGUGCCCAGCCUGUGCUGGGCCCAGGGACUCGCCAGCCACCUGUCAGAAGCGGUAAGCAGAGAGUCAAGGGCACCAGAGCCUUGUGAAGCCGCAUUAGCCUUGUUGGUCUGUCCAUGAUCGAGCCCACAGUCGGGCCCCAGGGGAACGAGGCAGGGCUUGCCAUGUGGGCAGAAUUAGGAGUACCAGAUAAAGCUGCAGGCUGUAUGACAGGGUGGAGCUCGGGAAAUGAGAGAAGUUGUGAUAGGGUGGGCAGCAGCGUGGGAACCCCAGAGCAGGGAGUGGAGAUGCAGCUUCCUGCACACAGGGAUUUUCGGUGGGGGCAGGGUAACGUGCUUCAUCCUAGGGGGACGAGGGGCCCUGAAGUCCUGGGACACCCUCACUCUGCAGGUGUCUCCUGCAAGGACACCAGACGCCAGCACAGCCGAGUGCCGCCAGCACCCCUCUCUCCUGCUGCAGAAGGGCCACGGGCAGUUUCCCAGAGUGUGUGAGAAAGGGACCUAGCUAGGAGGUGAAGACGUGGGCUUCCUAUCCACCUGUGCUUUUUGAGGUUGCGUGUCUCUGCUCUCGCGGCCUCUCAGGCUUGAAGUCGCCACAGCUGCCAGGGAUCCCGAGCUUCCAUUUUGCCGUGUUCCGUGCCGCAGUUCGGGGUACUCUGGCAUAGCUCCCCCCUCAGCACGUCCACCCAGGUUUCUUCAGCUUCCUGCCUGAUUUGUCCUUUGUUUUCUUAGGCAAUGGAAAGAGGCAAAGGUGGGCAUUGACAAGGUUCACUCACCCCUCCUCGCCAGUGCCAGCCUCUGCACUUGCCUGGAGCCCCCGCAGCGGGGAGGCUCCUGCAGGGGUGGGGAAGCGUGGCAGUGAGGGCAGGCCCCUACCGUGCCCAGAGCAGUCUGGUUCACGGGAGAAAAGGGCCCUGGAAAGAGGACGUUAUCCCUCCUUAAGAAAACAUGCGCAGAGAGUGGGUUUGUCGUUGCCAAGGCCAAGUUAAACAGGAUGCAGGUUCUCUGCAGGCGUUCCCAGGCCCCGGAGCCUCUCCGCCUGCCUGCCCGCCCAUGCUGUGGGUCGCUUCCUAAUCCGUGACCGGUGCGCUGACCUGUAGGGAGGUGGGGUUCAUGCUUGUGCAGCUUGCUGAGGGAAGUGACCCCGCAGGCUGCCCCGCCCUUCCCAUCACCACCAGAACAAACACAUCCCAUCCCCACCUUGUUCAUCACGGUCCUCCCUGGAGCCAACGCUUUAGGGCGAGGGGCCUCGGAAGAGGCCACACUGGCCAGGGCCAUUUACGAAGUGCAGACUCCUCCCCAGACCCUGAGGUUUCAUAAUCUCACCACUCCGGGCGUGGGGGUCCCCAGUACCAUCUCGGUUGGUCUCAGACUUGGCUUGAGUGAACUCAUUCACUUGUGCCCGGAUGUUUUAUGGGCUGGUUCUGCAUGAUGUGUUCUGCCUUCUGAGGCUGGGAAGCAGAAAUAAAGCUGUUAAUACUUGCGUUCGAAAAAUAAUAGAUGAAAGUUCACAGUACUUUCCUGCUGUCAUUUUUGUUUUGUUUGAAAUCUGUAUUUAUUUUCAUUUCAUUUGAAAGAAAGAGAAAGAUCUUCAACCUGAUGGUUCACUCUCCAGAUUCCCACAACAGCCAGGACUGAGCCAGGCCAAAGCCAGGAGCCCAGGACUCAGUCUGGGUCUCCCCUGUGGGUGGCAGGGAGGGACCCAGGUAGUUGAGCCAUUAUCUGCUGUCCCCAGGGUGUACAUUAGCAGAGCUGAAUCAGGAGUGGAGUGACUGAGACAGGAAGCAGGCCUUCCAACGUGGGAUGCAGGUGUCUUAGGCAGCGACUGAACCACUGCACCGCACACCUGCGCCCCGAUACAAUUUUUUGAUGAAGAUUAUAUGGGGGUGGCUGUGCGUGGUGUGGUGGGUGGGGCUGCCGCCUGAGGCGCUAGCUUCCCACGUGGGCACCAGUUCAAGUCCUUGCUGCUCUGCUUCUGAUCUUGCUCCCUGCUAUGGCCUGGGAAAGCAGUGGAAGAUGGCCCAAGUGCUUGGACUCCUGCACCCACGUGGGAGACUCGGGAGAAGCUCCUGGCUUCAUAUCAGCCUGGCUCUGCCUGUUGUACCCACUUGGGGAGUAAAAGAGCAGGUGGAAGAACUCUCUCUGUCUUUUCUUCUCUCUCUCUCUCACUCUUCCUUUCAAAUAAUAAAUCUUUGUAAAAAAAGAAAAAAUUUUAUGGGGUGUUCAUAAUUAUUUCAAGUUCUAAGUAAGAGACUACUUCAAAAAAAAUUCAUGGAAAAUGAGUUUAAAAAUAACUUUUUUUUUGACAAGCAGAGUUAGAGACAGACAGAGAGAAAGGUCUUCCUUCUGUUGGUUCACCCCGCCCCCCAAAUGGCCGCUAUGGCUGGCGCGCUGCGCCAAUCCAAAGCCAGGAGCCAGGCGCUUCCUCCUGGUCUCCCAUGCAGGUGCAGGGCCCAAGGACCUGGGCCAUCCUCCACUGCCCUCCCAGGCCACAGCAGAGAGCUGGACUGGAAGAGGAGCAAACAGGACAGAAUCCAGCACCCCGACCGGGACUAGAACCCGGGGUGCCAGUACUGCAGGUGGAGGAUUAACCUAGUGAGUCGGGGUGCUGGCCUAAAAAUAACUAUUUUGAUACAAAGCAAAUUCGGUAUGCAUGCGGUUUUGCCUGGAGGACACACUUUCCCUGGAUUUCCUGAGGACCCUCCUGUGCGCACGCUUCACACGUAUUUAGCUUCACACGUAUUUAGCUUCACACGUAUUUAGCACCAUAAUUAAUUUGUCUUUGAACUCCACUUCCCUGAACCUGGUAACCCAGGCUCACACGUUGUUCCGUCCCCUGGUUUCCCCUGAUUUCCAUGGUCUCUGCCCCGCCGUGCCGGGACCUGCUGCGGUCUUCAGGUCACACCGUGCUUGUUCAGUGCGUUGAGAUACACGGCAGAGCCGGCGUCAGGGGCAGCUGUGGUGCACGGGGCUGGGCUUGUUCCCCGGGAGGCCGUGCCGUGCUUCCUCCUGUCGUGUGUGAUCCCUGCUCUGCCAGUGGCCACAGAGAUCCGGAGCCCAGAGGGGCCAUGCAAGCACGUGGGCACUUCGCGGGCUGAAGGAAAACAUAGGCAUGAAAUACUCAGACUUGCUUGUGUGUAUCGGAACGCGGAAGGAGCUGACCUGACUCGGACAGGCACAGACGUGACACUUUCCUCGCACCGCAAGUCGUGGGGCCUCACUUCAGGGGAGCAGGUGAGGCCGGCGUGCGCUGGCGAGGUCUGACUGGGACUCAGCUCCAGGUCUCCUGCCUCUGUUCAGCGCCUUCCCUCCUGAUCCGCGAUGCCCCCUGCGCAGGGUGCUUACUGAAGCCGGGGCUGUGGCCUCCGUUAGAGGGAAUUCUGGAGCAGCGAGCCCCCCGGCACUCAGGGUGCAGUCCCCCCACAGGGGUUGUAUGGCAGCUCUGCGGGGGGUUUACAGGUGGUGCUGCAGGCGACAGGGGGCCCAGCCCCUACCCUGAAUUUAUCCAGGCUUUCACUCUGCGCGUAUAUUGCAUUUUUGGGUGAUAAAACCUCUUUCGUGGGCCUAGCUGGCUGCUGCCUGUGCCUUCUCGCCCCUGCCGUCCAUCCAUAGCUCCCGCUGGGAUUAGUCUUCCUGAGACACAGGCAUUCACUGUAUUGCCGCUGUGACCAGACGCCUCCCUGCUGUCCCCAGAUCAAAGCUGCAGACUCUCAGCCUGUCCUCCAGGAGCCUGGGGCCGGAGCCCAGGGCCGGCACCCUCCUUGUGUCCAGAACAGACCACUUGUGGUCCCCAGUCCUCAUCACUCUCAGAAAAGCUAUAUCUCUUCUCUGUGGCUGGGCCCUGCCCACUGUGCAGGGGCCAGGCCUGGCCCACUCUUCUAACUCUGUCCUGGAUGUCCUCCAGGCCCUGUGGGCUUGCUCCUCUCUCUACUCCCGAGGUGGCUGACAGCCCCGGAGAGCGAGCCCCUGGCCGCCCCCCUCCUCCCUGCACUGCUGCUGUGAAUUCUGCUCCCUGAAGCUCGGCCAGGCUCCCCUGCAGUCUGAGAGCCACUCCACAGAGCCCUGGGACGGGAUGCACUGCGGUCCCUCCUCUUAAGUAAUUCAGACCCAGCAGUUCACUGCGUGGUUGUGUCCCAACAGUUCAGUAGCCACUUGAAAAAAUACUGCACAGAAAUACCCAGUUAUUUGCUGAUAGCCUGUGUGCUCCUGUUGGGCACCGCACAGCUUCCAGCAGUGUCGGGGCACUCUGGAGCACCCCGGGUGUGUCCCACUUGCCUCCCAGUGAGGCUGUCCCCACGGAGGAAGCCAGUGGGUGCUCAGGAGCAUCUUACAGACCACCCAGGGCACAGACCACUCAGCUCAGCAACGGGCUGGGUACUGUGGGUGACAGCGGUUCAGAUGGACUCCGUGGGCACCUCUGGGGCAGCUGGCAACGACUUUCUGUACCAAGAGGAGGUUGGCUGGGGGGCCUUCCAGGGCAGAGAGUCCUUGUUUUUUUUGAUUAUUAUUAUUGUUUUUUUUUUAAAUGAUUAUUUGACAGGCAGAGUUACAUAGAGGGGGAGAGGCAGAGGCAGUAAGAGAGAGAGAGAUCUUCCAUCUGCUGGUUCACCCUCCAGAUGGUUGUAUCAGCUGGAGCUGGGCCAGGCCCGAGCUAGGAGGUUCAUCCAGGUCUCCCACGUGGGUGCAAGGGCUCAAGGAUUUGUGCCAUCUUCACUGAUUUCCCAGGCACCUUAGCAGAGAGCUGGAUGGAAAAUGGAGCAGCCAGGACUUGAACCAGCGCCCACGUGGGAUGCUGGCUCUGCAGGCGGCGGUUCCGCCCGCUGUGCCACGGCGCCAGCCCCAGUGCAGAGAUUGCUUAGCGGCAGUGACGCUGACCCUGAGAGCGGCGUGAGCACAGUUGUGUGACCGAGAUGAUGGCGCCAUGUCUCCAGCCCCCACGUUUGAAGUCCAGCGUGUCGACGCUGCCGCUAAGGAGUGGAGACGGAAGACCUGUGCUUUCCUGGUACGGUAACUCACUGCCUACCUCCUUCCAGCACUGGCUGUAUAGGAGGGCCACCGAGCAAAGAAGUAGGAAUACCCCCGAAAACCUAGCUGUUCACUGUGCCAUACAACUGGAAAAUACAAAAAUAAAAACUGGAAAAUAAAUCCCUAACAUGGGCGAGUUUAAGAACUCCUCUUGGAUCCAUGAGGAAACCGAAACCACAAUUGUAGGCUGCGUGAACAGUGUGGAAAUUCCGCACGGGAGUUUUUCUGAGUACGGCUAAUACAACUCAGGAAAACUCGCCAGCCUUGGUUCCUAUAUGAAUGCCAGAAAUGAACAGGCAUAAAGUGAAUAAUGCAAUAAACCUAAGAAGUUAUAGAGAGGCCAGCGUUGUGGAGUAGUGGGUAGAACCGCAUGCGUCCCAGUUCAAGUCCCAGCUGCUGCACUUCUGAUCCAGCUCCCCGCUAGUGUACAUUGGAAAGUAGCAGAAGGUGGCCCGAGUGCGUGGGCCCCUGCACCCACCGGGGAGACCUGAUAGAAGCUCCUGGCUCCCAGCUUCUGACUGGCGCAGCCCUGGCAGCUGUGGCCAUCUGGGGAGUGAACCAGCAGAUGGAACAUCUCUCUUUCUCUUUUUCUCUCUCUCUCUGCAACUCUGCCUUUCAAAUAAAUAAAUCUUUAUAAUAAAAAAAUUACAGAAAAAGAACAAGGAAACUGGCUCAGGGAUGCCAAAAGCACCUUGUGGGAAAGGUGCCUGACAGGUAAUAACCAUCAGAGACCGUACCUGUUAGGCGUGUUAGUUGUCAGACAGAUGGAGGAGUUCCUGUUGAAGCAGCCACAGACAGCGUCCACGAUACAGGGCUGUGUUUGAGGCACUGGGGGCAGCAUGAGUGUGGCCGUCGGAGGUGAUGUGAUCGGAUUGAAGGCCACGUUCUCGGGUGUGCUGCUGUUACGGUUGUGUACACGUGAUGUCUCUGAAGGGAUGCCUGGAAACUGAAACAGCAGGCGCUACUGGGAGGGGAACUGGUUAGCUGCGGUUCAGGCCCAGGAAGACGUAGCCGUUGGGUCUUGUACCGUGUGCUUACUCUUCAUCCAAAGAUGCUGCAUAGUGUCUUCUACCCCUGAGCCCUGUGUCCUGUGCUCGGGUCCGCCAUUGUGCCCUCGUUCAUGAGAUGAGAGCGUCCGGGGGUUGGGGGGUCCCAGGCAUAGCCUCCUGUCCGGCCGCUUUCUCGGUGGCUCCCUUUCUGACUGCCCAGCAAGGCUGUCGUCCUCUGGAGUGAGCCGCCCGUCACCCUUCCUGCCCCAGCGGCCCAGGGACCAGAGCCAUUCUCUGGCCUUGGCUGUCUGGAGCUUUCCUGAGGGCGACUUGACAGCUCACGGAAGGGAGCGGGCACAGGGGUGGGCCUCGGCAGAACCAGUUUCUGCUGUGACCCAGGCCCGUGGGAGAGCGCCUGUGGUGCUCAGAGUACACAGCUUGUUGAGGCUGGCACCGGGCAGAGUCCUGGUGUUGGGGUUGGAACUCAAGGAAAGAGGCCAGGCGGCUUCCAAGGUGAGUGCCAGACUCAUCAGUCUCCGGAUGUGGCUCGUGGGCCGAAGGGUCCAGAGCCGGGAGGGUCUUCAUCCAGGCCGCUCAUUUGGUGGAUGCAGACGCUGCAGCCUGGUAUCCGCACAGGCAGUAGGGAGCCCUGCAUCCCCUGAGUCACGUGGCUUGUGCAGGCACUGGGCCCCUCCACGUGGCAGCUGGCGGUGGAGCACACUCGAGCCUCACUUGCCCUCAGAACAGCCGCCGCAGGGCAGGUCGGUGCUCGCAGGAGGGGCGUGAGAAAGGAGGGAAGAGUCACUGAACACCAUCACUGGGUUUUGCCCGUGCAAAGCCUGGCGGGAACCAGGCACCUCCCCCGAGAAGGAGCCGGCAAGUUCGGAGGCUUUCACCCUCGGCCCUCGCAGCACUGGGGCCGUGGCCCGCAGGUUGGCCUCGGCUGCCGAGUUUACGAUGAGUGUGAUGAAACCCUGUGGGCCAGCACGCAGCCGAGUGACCCGAGAUCCGGAGCUGGAGGCCCAUGAAACUGCUCUCCCUGCGGAGUAGCGGUCACGAGCCGGCCUCCCCUUCACCUGGACUGGGGAGGCCUGGGCACCAUUGCUGCUCCCGUGUCCCUUGUUUGGCUGUUUUGACACUUUACACGUUGGUGUCAGGUUACACAGACCCUUGCACAACUUGCUUUGCACUCGUGUCUUUGAGAUUUCUCCAUGUUGCUGGGUGUGGCCGUAGUGCAGCCAUUUCUACCGCAGCCUGCCCGUGGGACAGUCCAUCCGUUCUCUGUCAGAGACAGGCCGUUAGAAGCAGUGCUCCGCGCUCCGCGACUGUGCUGGGCCUCGUACCCGCUGUACCCGGAGGGUCUGCACUGAACGAUGUGUCGGAUCACUGUUAGCUUCCCGGAUUCGUGACGCACAGAAGUGGGCGUUUAUCUGAGAGCCAGCACACGGGUUCACUGUGGAGUCUGUAAUCUGGGAGUGGUAUGCUAAAGCCGCCUGCAGGUCCUCCUGCUGCGUUCUCCCCAGCGCAGCCCAGCCCAGCCCAGCCCCGCCAACGCACACACCCACUCGGGACCUUGCCUUAGACCUGGAGGCGUCAGUGGACGUGUCUUGGGAGAGGGGAGAACGCCGUUUUUCUCUCUUGUAACCAGCGCCCUUGCGAUUUGCUACUCAGCUGUGUCUUUGGCAGGCCGCACUCUGCCCACAGCUCACCAGCUGGCCCUGAGAGUGACCGGUUCCCGGGAGAGGGCUGCUGGGUGUGGCAGGAGCUACGGUGUGGCCUCCCGCCGUGCCUUUGACCCCUGGCCUGUGAGAGGCCUCACAAGUCCCCAGAAAGAGCGCGUUAUGCGGAAGCUCUGCAUGGAUCUCAAAACAUUUUUCAGAAAAUAAACAUCUUUUUUAAAGAUUUAUUUAUUUAUUUAUUUAAUUUUUAUUUGAAAGCAGAGUCACAGAGAGGAAGAGAGUUACAGAGAGAGGCAGAGAGAGAGAAGUCUUCCCUUUGCUGGUUCACUCCCCAAAUGGCCUCAACACCCAGAGCUGUGCCAGUCUGAAGCCAGGAGCUUCUUCUGGGACUCCGAUGCGGUGCAGGGGCCUCAGGCCUUGGGCCAUCGUCUACUGCUUUCCCAGGCCAUGGCAGAGUAUUGGAUUGAAAGUGGAGCAGGCAGGACUAGAACCGGUGCCCAGAUGGGAUGCCGGCCCUGCAGGUGGCGGCUUCACCCACUGUGCCACAGCGCUAGCCCCAUAGAUGUAUCUUUUAAUCCCGUUUCUCCAUGCACUUUCUGAGCCACACUCUGUCUCAUCUCUUUUGGGCACUGUUUUGUGAAUGGUGUGAAGAGGAGGUAAAAAUAGCUCUCUUCAUGACUGUUUUAUGGAAAAUCCGAAGAAAUCCAUAAAAAAAGUAUUAGAAUUACUAAAUGGGUUCAGCAAGGUUGUAGGGUACAGGAUCAUUGUGCAAAAAUCAAUUGUGUCUCCAAAUACUUGAAAUGAACAAAUGCUGAAAUUAAAAAAGGAGUUCUGUAUACGAUAGCAUCAAAAAGACUAAAGUAUUUAAGGUUAGAUUUAACCAAAGUAUUAUACUUGCAUACGGAAAACUACAAACCACUGACUGAAAGUGGCAGACAUCUCAUGACCACCUUGAAUUGGGAGGAUUAAUAUUAGUGAGUUGGUAGACUACCCCAAAGUGUUUGACAGAUUCGGUACAUUCCCGGUGCAAAUCCCAGCUACCCCUUUUGGAGGAGUUGGCACGCGUUUUGAACGUCUCUUGGAAAUUCAGGGACUCAGGUUAGCGGAAACCAUCCUGAGUGGGGCAGGACAGAAUGCUGGUCUCGCGCUUGCUGGGCUCGGUGGUUGACCCAGGGUGGCACCAUGCACACCCCUCGUCUGUGUAAGGAUGGAAAUAUAGGCCAACUGGUGAGAAUUGAGAGGCCAGAAGUAAACCCGUAAACCUAGAGCCAAUCAAUCUUUGACAGAGAUUGACAAGAUAAUUCAGUGGACAGACCAUAUAAUGCCUAUAUAAUAAAAGCAGAAAUUAGCAAUAUUCAGGAUUUUGUUUUUAAGCUAUUAAGUGACACUCGUUACUAUGUAUGAAUUAAUAGAUGAAUAAUUAAAUGAGCACAUACAUGACUGAAGACAAGUUGAAUCAUAUAUGACCUAAUUUUGAGAAUGUGUAAUAUAGUCAUACUACUAACACAUUUCUGAAACAGUUCCAACAUAAAUUGAUUAAAUGUGUGAUACCUAUUUGGGUGGGGAGCAUAAUGAGACAAGUACCUAGAAAUCCAUGUUUUUGUCCUGCACUGUUGAAAUGGUGCUGGUUACUUGUCAGCAAUACAAAUAUUAUCUACUUGUUUAAAAAAAAAAUGUUCCUUUCAACAAAUGGUGCUGAGAAAUUUGGCUAUCCACCGGCAAAAAGUAUCGAAUUGGAUCCUCAAUUCAUUCCAUUUAUAAAAAUUAAUUUAAAAUGGAAGCCGGCGCCGUGGCUCAAUAGGCUAAUCCUCCACCUUGCGGCGCCGGCACACCGGGUUCUAGUCCCGGUUGGGGCGCCGGAUUCUGUCCCGGUUGCCCCUCUUCCAGGCCAGCUCUCUGCUAUGGCCAGGGAGUGCAGUGGAGGAUGGCCCAGGUGCUUGGGCCCUGCACCCCAUGGGAGACCAGGAAAAGCACCUGGCUCCUGGCUCCUGCCAGGAUCAGCGCGGUGCGCCGGCUGCAGCGGCGGCCAUUGGAGGGUGAACCAACGGCAAAA